AUGGCUUUCUUCGGAGAAGGACCCGUCGUAUCCCACCUGGGUCACGGCCUCGUACAAACUGCCGGCGUCAAUCAUCGCAAAGGCAGGAGGCCACAAGAUACUGGAUCUGGCAACCGGCCUAGAGGCAGGAGACCCAACGAGGUGUCCAAGAUCAAUCAAAGGUCUUGGCCCUCACCCGCCUCGGGUCCCUCUGGCUACCGCGGUGGUAAGAACUUCCCUGCUAAUGGAAAUAAUAACAGAAUCCAGAAGCAGGGGCCCCGCCAGCCACAAGGGCCAGGGCAAAAACAAAAAUUCACCCCUCGGAGAAGUCGACGGGGUCUCGGUCCCCAACGGAGGGGGCCCCGGCAUGGUGGUGCAAACAAUGCGCCUAGACACCCGGGUCAACGCCGUGGCCCUCAACCACGGCUGUCCCGGGAUGGCGACACCAUCAUGCGCGACGCGCCCGCGCUUAACAGGCGGCCGGUGAGGCAGCCGGGCAUCUCCGUUCGUCACCCCUCUCCUCAAAGGGACGUGGUGAUGGUCGAUGUCUUCACCACGGCCCCACCAACUGAAGUGGAGCACAUGGUGAUGCUCGACGUAUUCACCACGUCCCACCCCGUUGAAGAACAAUUUGCGGCACUCGCCAUUGCCGCACCCCAAUUCGCCACAGGUACAGGGGAGGAGCCUCAAGACAUCGAAAUGUCCGAUGCUCCUCCCCUGUACUUCUAUUGA